UGAGUCCAACCCCAGAUCCAGUUCCAGACCCAGUCUUGGACCCAGCCCCAGAUCCCGAUCCCAUCCCGAUCCCGGUUUUCCAGCUGUGCCGUGCAGGCGCUGAAGGCGAUGCUGGCGCGGGCCGGCAACGACGACGUCGUGCAGGACGUGGGAAGCGCCGGGGGCUGGGAACUGAUGGAAAUUCCCGAGCGGCACCACGACGGAAUCGCCCUCCUGGCCAGGGCCAUGGCUCGGCUCUGCGGGCCCCGGCUGCCGCCGAUCGUCCGGAGCCUCAUCCCGGCGCUGGGAAGCGCCUUGGACUGCCAGAGGGUGACCAGCAGCGCCUUCCUGGCCGAGCUCCUCAACCACAACGUGGUGAACGACCUGGUGCUGCUGGAGCCGAUCCUGGACGCGCUGACGGCUCUGGAGAAGGAUUCCUGCCUCCUGGUGCGCGUCCUGGCGCUCCGGGGGCUCGGCAACGUGGCCUCGGGAUCCCCGGAAAAGAUCCGGAGGCACGGCUCGCAGCUGCUGGCCUCCAUGGUCAACGGCAUGGACGACAAGGACGAUCCCAACAAUCUGCUGGCGCUGGAGGCCAUGUCCAGCCUCUCCAAAAUCCUGGAUCACCUGGAAGAGCGGGACGUGCAAUCCAUGCUGCUCCACAUCGCCAUCCGCAUCCGGCCCUUCUUCGACAGCGUGAGGAGCCAGCCCGGAAUUCCCGGAGGGCUGCACUACGGCGAGUUCAUCAACGGCGUCUGCAAGUUCCUG